AUGGCGGCGCCCUCGUCCAGCUGCGGGGAGUUUGAAACGUGGUUAAAUGAGCGGCUGGACGCGCUGGAGGUGGACCAGGAGGUGUACGGAGCGUAUAUUUUAGGAGUCCUGCAGGAGGAGGAGAGCGACGAGGAGAAGGAGGACGCGCUGCAGGGAAUUCUGUCCGCGUUUGUGGAAGAAGACACCGUGGAGGACAUCUGCAAACAGAUCAUCGAACAGUGGACGGACUUCUGCAGCAGAAACUCCACAAACCAGGACGGAGGAGAUGCCGAGGUCCAGGCCAUCGCCAGCCUCAUCGAGAAACAGGCUCAGAUUGUGGUGAAGCAGAAGGAAGUUUCUGAAGAGUCCAAAAAGAGAAAAGAAGCGCUCCUGGCUCAGUACGCCAACGUGACCGACGACGAGCAUGAAGGGGAAGAAGAGGAGGCGGCGGCCAGUGCAGUCUCGAUUCCCAGCUGUGAGAAGUCUUUGUUCAAGAACACAAACGUGGAGGAAGUCCUGAGCCGACAGAAGCAGAAGAGGGACCAGGCUCGGGACGACGCGCAGAAGAAGAAGGAAUCGGACAAGAUGCAGCGAGAGAAGGACAAACUGGCCAAACAGGAUCGCAAAGACAAGGAGAAGAAGCGCACACAGAAGGGCGAACGCAAGAGAUAA